AUGCCAAAGAACAAGGGAAAGGGAGGAAAGAACAGGAAGAGAGGUAAGAACGAAGCUGACGACGAAAAGCGUGAGCUUGUGUUCAAGGAAGAUGGACAGGAAUAUGCCCAAGUGCUUCGGAUGCUGGGCAAUGGUCGUUGCGAAGCAAUGUGCAUGGAUGCAAUCAAGAGACUUUGCCAUAUCCGUGGUAAGAUGCACAAGAAGGUUUGGAUUGCAGCUGGGGAUAUCAUUCUUGUUGGCCUUCGUGACUAUCAGGAUGACAAGGCUGAUGUGAUUCUCAAGUACAUGUCUGACGAGGCUAGGCUGCUCAAGGCUUAUGGAGAGCUUCCAGAAAACACACGUCUUAACGAGGGUGUGAUUGUGGACGAACACGAUGAUGAUGCUCCGGAUGACUACAUCGAGUUUGAGGAUGAAGAUAUUGAUAAGAUUUAA